AAAAAAAAAAAAAAAUCUUAAGUUGCUUCGGUUUUACUUUCUUCUUCGAAACCCUAACUUUUAUAACAUCCCUAAUCAAAGUUUGGCUCGAUAAAUCUUCAGUCAAAAGGGGCUACACGUAAUAUAACUUAGAUUGGGGUGGUUGUUCAGGAUGGCAUCUGUAUCUAGUCAGCCACAGUUCCGUUACACCCAACCCCCGUCUAAGGUGCUACAUUUGAGAAACUUACCAUGGGAAUGCACAGAGGAAGAAUUAAUUGAACUUGGGAAGCCGUUUGGUAAAGUUGUGAACACAAAGUGCAAUGUUGGAGCAAACCGGAAUCAGGCUUUUAUAGAAUUUGCAGAUUUAAAUCAAGCUAUUGCAAUGAUAUCAUAUUAUGCCUCAUCCUCGGAGCCUGCUCAAGUGCGAGGGAAGACUGUGUACCUGCAGUAUUCUAAUAGGCAAGAGAUAGUAAACAACAAAACAACAGCAGAUGUUGCUGGAAAUGUACUAUUGGUAACAAUUGAGGGUACAGAUGCACGCCUUGUCAGCAUUGAUGUCUUACACCUGCAGGCCCAUGUCAAGGCAAUAUCUUCAAUGGCAGCUUUGUGCAUCGGGAGAAAGAGCACAUGUUUUUUUCAGCUUUUGGGUUUGUCCAUAAGAUUACUACUUUUGAGAAAACAGCUGGAUUUCAGGCCUUGGUGCAAUUUUCUGAUACUGAAACUGCCUCCUCUGCAAAAAAUGCCCUGGAUGGAAGAAGCAUCCCUAGGUGACAAUUGUAUUAAUUUUUUGACACGGUAUCUUCUUCCUGAGAAUAUGGGACAAUGUACCCUGAGGAUCACAUAUUCUGCCCACACAGAUUUAAGUGUGAAAUUCCAGAGUCAUCGUAGCAGGGACUACACUAAUCCUUACCUUCCUGUUGCUCCAUCAGCCAUAGAUGCUAGUGGUCAGUUUAGUGUGGGCAUUGAUGGGAAAAAACUAGAACCUGAGAGCAAUGUUCUUCUUGCAUCUAUCGAGAACAUGCAGUAUGCUGUCACCUUAGAUAUUUUACACAUGGUUUUUUCUGCUUUUGGGCCCGUCCAGAAGAUUGCCAUGUUUGAUAAGAACGGUGGACUUCAGGCCUUGAUUCAAUAUCCUGAUGUUCAGACAGCUGUUGUUGCAAAGGAAGCGUUGGAAGGCCACUGCAUUUAUGAUGGAGGGUUUUGCAAGCUUCACAUAUCAUACUCCCGUCAUACCGAUCUCAGUAUAAAGGUCAAUAAUGAUAGAAGCAAGGAUUAUACAAUUCCCAACACGCCCAUUGUGAACCCUCAGCCAUCUCUUCUUGGGCAACAGCCACAUCCAAUGGUGGGCACUGCUGCACAUCAAUACAAUGGAUCUCAGUAUCCUCCAACUCACCAGCAGCCUGGGAUGCAUCAGCCUUCAGCAGGAUGGGGCUCAGCUGCUCCAGCAAUACCUCAAUCAAUGCCCAUGAUGAAUAAUCAUUCUUACAUGCCAGCCGGAGCAAUGCCUCAAAUGGGCCCGGGAAUGAUGCAGAUGCCAGGCCAGGGUAGUAUGCCGCCACACAUAGGGACUAUGCCUCCAACCAGACCCGAUCAGAUGCAAUAGCACAUCUGAGAUCGUUUUGAUAGUUUUUGUGACGUUGUGGGAGGCCUAUGCCUACUUAAAAAGUGGCGAUGCAAUUGAACGGAAAUAUCAUUUUGGCCUUGUGAUUAUCUCACAAUUAUGAAGCUGAAAUGUGACAAAUGUUAUUUAAUUUUUUACUUUUUAGGCGAAACUUUCACCUUCCAAUUCUGAAGGGAGAUUAAGUAAGUAGCUGGCUAAGACUGGGUUACAAAACUCUGUUUUGUUUUGUGAAAUGCUUGAGAAAAACAAUGAAAAAAUUGUGUUAUUUUUCAACCUGCCA